CGGCUGAAGUGGCUGCAGCGAGCGUUUGGACCCAAAGAGCUCACCUCCGCGCGUCCAGGGGCGCUUCUGAAAAGGUUGACUCCUUGCGCAGCCGGUGUGCCGGUCUAUCGGCAGCGGUACGGCCAGUGCCGCCCACUCAAGGACCUGUGCAAGUGCAAACAGCAGACGGACGACGCAGCAGCGGAACAAUGCGGUGGCUCACGCUGCUCGCCACCGCAGCAGCGCUCGCACCAAAGGACGACAAAUCUUUAGCGCUGUGGCUCCUCGAGCCGUCGCGGACCAUCGACGAGGUGCGGGCCGGCACGGAGACGCUCGCGGCGCGGCCGCCGACGCAGCCCUGCGACGCGCUCGCGCUGUGCAUGGCCUCGUGGGCGGCGUCCCAGAAGCAGCAGGGCGACCUGCUGCCGAAGCUAGCCGCGAAGCUCGCCCCGCGCCUGAGCGAGGCCGUCGACUCGCCGCGCUGCGCCGAGGUGCUCUCGAACACGGCGCGCGCGUUCGCCGUCGAGGCGGCCCGGUCCGACGCGCCGGAGGCGUUCCAGGGGCUCUUCGCGGCGCUCGAGGAGGCGUGUCGCGCGAAGCGCCUCUCGGUAGACCGCCGGUGUGGAAGUCAACGUCGCGUCGAUGGCGUAACGAUCACACACAGGUGGACGCGGGCAACUUCGCCGUGGUCUCGCGGUCCUUCGCCGCCGCGCGGGAAGUCGGCGCCUGCGCGGACGACGCCGCGCCGUUCCGCGGCGCGGCGCCCGCCGACGUGGCCGAGGCGUGCCUGCGCUCCCUCGACGCGCACGCGGCCACGGAGCGGCUCGGCGCCCUCGACGACUUCGCCGUCUACUCCGCGUCGGGCGUCAUCGACCGAGCGGACGCGGACGAGCUGCUGCGCCUCGCGGAGGACCAGUGGACGGCGAGCGCCGCGGCGGGCGACGCCACAAACAACUACCGCACGUCCGAGACGGCGUCGCUGCGGGACGACGCGUCGCGCGCGUCGAAGGCCGUCGACCGCGUCGCCGCCAGGGCCGCGGCGCUGUUUGGCCUGCCGCGGUCGGGCUCCCGCGUCGUUCCCGUCAGCUCACCGGUACGCCAUCGACGCGAAGGGAAGACGAGACAACGCCACACACAGCGAGAAAACACCACGAAGAAAAACACAGGUCGUGCUGCGAGACGCUGCAGCUCGUGCGGUACGCGUCGCCGGCCGCGUUCUACAAGCCGCACCUCGACUGCCUCGAGGAGGCGGGCCAGGUUUUGUUAGGAGGCCAGCGCGUCGGCACGGUGCUCGUCUACCUCAACGACGUCGAGGACGGCGGCGCGACGCGCUUCCCGGCGCUCGGCUUGGAGGUGGCGCCGCGCGAGCUGCAGGCCGUCGCCUGGGCGAACGUGCGCGCGGACGGCGUCCCGGACGUGCGCGCGCGCCACGAGGCGCUGCCCACGGCCGCGACCAAGGUCGCGGUGAACUGCUGGGUGCGGGCGUUCCCGGGGGCGGACGCGCUCUAGUUUCCCAUGUUAAAUUUAGGUGUGUUGUCGUUCUAA